GCACUUGAGAUAGUGAUUGUGAUAAUGCUGCAAACAAAAUACAAAACAACAAUAUCAAGGCAAGAAUAGAACAGUUGACUUGAGUACUGUCGUCGAUAGAGUUAAUCAAAUUCUUUAUAAAGAUUUCAAAUUGAAUAAUAUUAUAAAAUGGAGAUUAUUGACUCAAAUGAGCUGAAGUCAUUCAAUUGGAUAAAUGAACCAGCAAAAUGGCUUGUAUCAGAAGAUAUUUUAACUGUAACAACUGACAACAAAACUGAUUUCUGGCAGCACACUUGGUAUAAGUUUUACCCCAAUACUGGACAUUUAUUUGGAAAAAAUAUAAAACAAGAUUUUUGCUUUUCGGUAUGCGUAGAAGCAGAAUUCACAGCCCUGUACGACCAGGCUGGGCUGAUGGUAUAUGUAGACAGCACUCAUUGGUUGAAGGCAGGCAUAGAGUAUAACGAUGGUCGGCCGAUGAUUGGCAGCGUAAUGACGAAUGGGAUUUCCGAUUGGGCUACUGGCGUCUUCACCGGGAAUCCCCGUAAAUUCUGGAUACGUAUCAGCAAAGUCGACGACGUGGUUUGCGUGAAAUACUCAACAGACAACAUAACAUGGAUACUUUUGAGGUUAUGUCAGUUCCCGCCAUCUGAAUAUGGGAAUGUCAUCGUUGGGCCAAUGUGCUGCAGUCCACAGCGGGAAGGUUUAGAAGUAAAAUUCAGCGAUUUCAAAUUUGGAAUUCCGGGCAAAGAUAUCCUGCAUUCAAAUUGAGAACUUGCGCUGUAGUGAACAAGCCCAAGUCUUGCUUUUAAAAAUUACUUUUAUUAAACAGUGUGAUCUGUGAAUAAAACAAAUAUUUUAUGAAAAUCA